UCUGCUACUAAAGGGGGUAUAGGACGUACAGUGGAUAAAUAUAUAUAUAUCACGACAAAAUAUACGAGAUAUUAAUUUAAAGAAGGAUCCAUGAUUAAGUAAAGUUGAGUGGAGUAACUGUGUGUAGUAGGGCGUUAACAUGAGAUUAUCACUACACACCUGUCUACACAUCUGUACCUCCUCCUCACAUCAAGUUUGACUCCACACCAGGAUAACCAAUGUGAUGAACAUAUGAACAUUUAGGGGAUAACUGGGUCAAGAAAGGUCAACGAAGAGUACAGCAGCAAAGAAGGUUUUACCAUGUGGAAGAUGGAAGGCCCCGUCGUAGGUGAGACCAGCUCCCAGAACAACGAGGUGAAGGACUCCAUGCGGCCUGUCCUCACUUCACACCAACCUUUACUAUUUAGGAAGCCUACAAAAAGGCUGAGUCUGCUGCAACUGCAAAGAAAUCGUGAAAUUGAGGAUGUAAAUUGGCAGGGUUUUUCGAGGCAAAACCAGAUGACUCGCUCACUAGUGGGUCGACUUGGUAUAGUACAGGAAUUAGAAGGUCACAGAGGAUGUGUAAACUGCAUUGAAUUCAACACAGAGGGCAGCUUACUGCUCUCUGGGUCAGAUGACUAUGAUGUCAUGCUUUGGGAUGUUUAUCGAAAAAAAAAAAUCAAGACGUUGCAUACCGGUCACAGGGGUAAUAUUUUCUCAGUCAAGUUUGUGCCUCAGAGUGGAGACAGAGUCAUCAUAUCAGGAGCAGCUGACGGUAGGAUGGAAGUCCGUGAAGUAGAGACUGGGGAAGUCACCCAGCUGUGUACAUGUCACCGUGAACGUGUUAAGAGAAUUGCUACAAUACCUACAUUGCCAAAUGUAUUUUUAUCUGCAUCAGAAGAUGGUACUGUUAUGUUGUAUGAUAUGCGAGCUCCACACAACUGCAACUCACAGGCAAACAAUGUUUUAAUCAACCUGCGAUGCCACACUGGCAGAACUGCAGAGUGCAAGUGCAUAACUGUUAACCCAACUCGUCCUGAAUUAAUUGCAGUAGGAGCCAGUGAUCCAUAUAUAAGAAUAUAUGACAGAAGAAUGAUCAAAUUAACCAGUUUACCCUUUCCUCCUGGAGGAAUGCUACAGAGUCAGUGGGAGAGAACUAACUAUGCUACCAACCAACUGGAUCCUUCAACUGACAACUUACCCCCAGGCUGUGUUCAAUACCUAGUACCGGGUCACUUGCCAGACAAGUUGAAGGAAUAUUAUCGCCAUUACCGGACAUUAGCAACCAACUACCUGACUUACAGUGCAGAUGGCACAGAGCUGCUGGCAAACCUGGGAGGGGAACAUAUCUACCUCUUCAACCCUUCUAAUCCACAGUAUCCCAGGCAUUUCACUGCUGGCAAUCCUUUAAAGCACCAGAUUCAUUCUAAAGAUUCAGAUGGACCUUCAAAUGGUGUCUGUAAGUCAGUAACCUCAAAUACCAAUGGUAUAUCAAGCCACAUUACUGGAGGACUAGACCGAUUGCCUCCCUACUGUCACACACCAGUGCCUCCCCUUCCCCCUCAAGCAGAAACACUGAAGGCAGGGCUAACCAGGCAUUUGCAGCUGAGAAAUACAUCACUGCCCUCCAGCUGUAUACAGGCAGCGCAGAUUAGUCCAAAUUCUGCAGUUCUCUACAGUAAUCGAGCUGCAGCACUUAUGAAGAGAAAGUGGGAAGGUGAUAUAUAUGCUGCUCUGAGGGAUUGUUUUACAGCAUUAGACAUUGAUCCACACCACGUCAAGGCUCACUUUAG